AUGCCCAGUUCCACGGGCCGGGUAGCCGACUCAUUUGUGACAUACACGAACAAGCUAAAAAGAAGUUUCUGCGCCGUGGCGAACAACCCCGUCGUGUCGGGGGACGGCUCCGAGGAAGAAGGAAGAGUAGACGAACCGCGGAGCGCAAUAGGAUCCAAGCGAAAGCGGACGUCACACGAUGUUUUUGUCCCCGUGGAAGGACCCCAGGAACGUAUCACGGCCGGUGCUGUUGACAUGUGCCAGCAGAUCCCUCCAUCAAGGGAGCUGGAGACUAUUCUGGACAUGUACUUCAAGUAUGUCCAUCCGUGGGUGCCCGUGCUACAUGCCGCAACUUUUCUUAGACGAGUGCGGGAUCCCAAUCGACCGGCUGGGGUGUCUCUACUUGUCCAGGCCAUUGUUGCCGUCGCCUCUCACUUUCUGCUUAGUCACGGUGACGCAGACUCAGAGGAGCAGCAGGAGCAGCAGCAAGAAAUGAGGCAAUAUGCUUCGCUCUGUCGGCAGAAUGUCAUCACCUCAGCCAUCGAGAGCAACGCAAAAGAAUCUAUCCAGGCGCUGAUGCUGGUGACAUUUGAUUCUAUGAAACGAGGCCUCAGCGCAUCGCCAUGGUCACUUGUCGCCAUUAUAAGCCGUAAGAUUGACGCGCUGCAGCUCUAUUCAGAGGAGCCCAUGCGCAGGGAAGGAUUCUCCGACUACUUUUCGAGACCUGCGCCCACUCUGGAGGCGGCCCAUGCCUGGCUGGAGGUAGAGGAGCGCCGUCGGGUGUUUUGGGCCGCCUUCUUGAUGGACCGUUUCUGCAGCAUCACCUCGGGAGCCGCCCCGGGCAUACCGAGCAAGAAUAUCCGGAGGCGGCUGCCGUGCGACGGCUACCGGUGGGAGCAGGACCUGCGCGUUGAGACGUCCUUCUUCAAGACGCACGAACAAGGCGCCGACGAGACCGACGCCCAGGAACCCGAGCCCCCGUUUCCGCCGGCCUAUGCCGACACGGAGCAGCCCAGUGGAAUCGGCGGCCUUGCCUACACGAUCGAAGCAAGCGAGUCGCUCUUCCUCGUGACAAAGUUUCACGCGCGCCACCCCGUGGAGCUGAACAAGGCUUCGCAGCUUUCCAGCUGGCUGAACAAGUUCCGGCACCUUGACUCGAGGCUUUUGCAAUGGGAGUUGUGCCUGACGCAUCGCUGGCGUGACGUGCGCGUCGUCGACGGCUACAUUGACCCAAACCUGGCGCUCGCACACAUGACGCACAAUGCGGCCAUCAUCGUCCUGCACCGGCGACUCGCCUAUCCGCCGGCGUCGUCGCGGGCUUGGCUGUCGGUGCUCGUGUCCGCCGCAUCGCGAGAGGCCUGUGUCAUGGCCGCCAUCAAGAUGAACAGGAUUGCGAAUCGCUACCUGGAUGCCAGCGAUGGAAUCCCGCCGCACCAAUUUGUCUUUUGUCUGUACAUUGCCGGUGAACUAUUCCUCAGCCAAGCAGCUCACCAGUCCAUCCCGCCGGCGGACGAAGUUGGCACAAUCAUGGCUGCGCUCGACGAAAUCUCCCGCCGACUACACCAGGGCCGACAAGAUGCGCAGCAAGAUACGCAAGAUGAGAACCCGGCUGCUAAAUUCGCACGCCGACUGGGAGACCUCCGCAACGACGGCUCGAAGCAGUCAUCCACUGAGAUGUGGUCGGCCAAAACCCUGAUGCCGGCGGGCGGCAGCUUUUCAGAUCUUCAGUUCAUGUCGCCGUUUGGAGAAAUGCCCACCAUGCUACCGCAAUGCGCCAUCUCUCCCUCCAGCGGCAUGAGUUGGCUGGGGAUGGCAGGGCUGGACGGCGGUGGCUCGCCCGAGUUCUUGGGCGACAACACGCUGGCGCGUACGCACUCGCUGCUGCCCAGCGCAAGGAUGGCGAGCACCCUGGCCAGGUCCCCCGGGGGCGCGGCGGAGAGCCCAGACGGGUUCGACUUGAUGGCGGAGCUGCGGAAACUUGAGCACCGGGCAAGAGAGCACGAUCGGAGGCUCAUCGAGGAGGGCGCACCGCAACAGAAGAAGGCACAUGAUUCUUAG